UCCACGGUGCUUGGUAUCUUAAUAGUGAUUGAGAUUUACUAUGUCAAGCGCUGUACAUUCUACAGCAUUGAGACAGUCAUUUCCAGAAGAGGUUUGGCACCAGCAAAGAACAUCCAUUUGACUUCUGCCACCAACAUCACAACAGAAAUCUGUGUUCUUCUCUACAAACAAAACUGGAAAAUUGAUGGGACAAUCCCAGACUAAGAACAUGGAAGAAAUUGCUGUAGCAGACCUACAAGAACUGUAUAAAAAAUUUGUUACAGAAUGCCCGAGUGGAGCUUUGUUUUUGCACGAGUUUAAGAAAUUCUUUGGUGUAACAUCAAACAGUGAGGCAUCAGAAUAUGUGGAAAGUAUGUUCAGGGCAUUUGACAAAAAUGAGGACAACACAAUUGACUUUCUGGAGUAUGUGGCUGUUCUGAACCUUGUGUUGAGAGGGAAACUUGAACAUAAGCUGAGGUGGUCUUUUAAAGUGUUUGAUAAAGAUGGUAAUGGAUGUGUGGACAAAAACGAACUUAAACAAAUCAUUGAGUCUAUUUAUCACCUGAAAAAGGGAUGGAAACAGGAUCAAGACGUUCCGUUAAUUACUCCAGAGGAACUGUGCAACAAAAUUUUUCAGCUGGUAGAUGAAAAUGGAGAUGGACAACUUUCUCUGGAUGAAUUUAUUCAAGGAGCACAAAAGGAUGUUUGGGUUCUGAAAAUGCUGCAGCUGGACAUGAAUCCGUGUGGCUGGGUAAUGGAACAAAGAAGAAAGAGUGCACUUUUUUGAUAUAUAUCAAUCAAAAUUCAGUACUACUGUAUGUCUGUAAUAUGUAAAAUGUAAUGUGAAAUAAAAUUGCAAAAGAUUUAAAAACAUAAAAGCAAGUUGAGAAACUAAAUUACAGUACUGUGGUAUUUCUUCUACAUUCCA